AUGCGUCUCUCACCGGCAUGGUACCAGUUCCUGGUCGGUGUCUUUGCAUCUCUUGGAUCAUUCCUUUAUGGAUAUGAUCUGGGUGUUAUUGCCGAGGUGCUUGUCUGUGACUCAUUCAAAACCAAGUUCGAGGCAGAUGAUACCCAAAAAGGAUUAGUUGUGUCUCUAUUCACCGCUGGCGCAUGUGUCGGUGCCGGCUUUGCGGGUCCUAGUGGUGAUUACCUGGGAAGACGACGGACAAUCUCAUUGGGAUGUCUCAUUUUCACUCUUGGAGGUGGUCUUCAAACCGGUGCGGUCACAAUUGACUAUCUAUACAGUGGUCGAUUCCUGGCUGGAUUGGGUGUCGGUUUCCUCACUAUGAUGAUUCCACUCUACCAAGCUGAGAUUUGUCACCCCAGCAUUCGUGGUCGAGUCACAGCCUUGCAGCAAUUCAUGCUGGGUAUUGGAGCACUCUGCGCUACAUGGAUUGGCUUUGGAACAUACACCGGCUUUGCCAAGACCAACUCUGCACAAUGGCAACUGCCCCUCGGUUUGCAGGUUGCUCCUGCGGUGUGCUUGGGUCUUCUGAUUUCUUUCUUCCCUGAGUCACCUCGCUGGCUGAUCGACCACGGCCGCGCCGAAGAGGGAUUGCGCACAUUGGCCAAGCUGCACGCUCAUGGAGACGAACACGACCCUUGGGUCCAGGCCGAAUUCGCUCAAAUUCAGGAAAGCAUCAACUUCGAGCAUGAGCACGAGGCGAAAUCAUAUCUCGAGCUGUUCACCCACCGCUCAUCGUUCCGUCGCCUGUUCCUUUGCUGUGCAUUGCAAGCUUCAGGUCAGAUGACAGGUGUAUCUGCCAUCCAAUACUACUCACCCCAGAUCUACGGCCAAAUCGGUAUCUCCGACCAAGACACACUGAAAUACCAGGCCAUCAACUCCAUCAUCGCCUUGAUCGGCCAGUUCCUAUGCAUGAUGUACAUUGAUCGCUUCGGUCGACGCUGGACUCUCAUCGGCGGAAAUCUCGGUAACAUGGUGACUUUCAUCGUUGCAACCGUUCUUCUCGCCAAAUUCCCUCCAUCAAACAACAACAACGGCGCCCAUUGGGGUUUCAUCAUUAUGACUUGGUUAUAUAAUUUCUCCUUCUCUGCGACCUGCGGUCCUCUGACUUGGAUAAUCCCGGCCGAAGUGUUCGAUACUCGCACACGUGCCAAGGGUGUCUCGAUUGCCACUAUGGUCUCGUUCGCUUUCAACACGAUGAUUGGACAGGUUACUCCCAUUGCGAUGACGAGUAUUGGGUAUCGCUUCUAUAUCCUCUUUGUCAUUUGCAACUUUACCAAUGCGUUGUUCUUCUGGCUUUUGCUUCCUGAGACAAAGCGCGUGCCGCUUGAGGAAAUGAACCAGAUGUUCACCAAUGCGCCUUGGAUUGUUCCUGGAUCGCGCAAGGAGGAGUAUAUGACUCAUGAUUUGGAGCGGAAGGUUGAGGAGCAGGAGGUGAAGCAAAAUGCGAUGCAUGUUGAGUAG